AUGCAGCUGCACGUCAAGACCACCAUCAUCGCCGGACGCUGCCAGCAGCGUUCCUCGCCAGGGAUGCGGCCGAGCAGGCGCAGCAGCCGUACGGCUGCCUUGACCACCACGCUGCUGGCAUUCCUCUGGUCCUCUGGCGCCACCCGCGCCCAGACCGACGACACCAGCGCAGCCGUGGCCGGGGCCACCAACCCUGCGGUCGCGCGCUGGGGUCAGGCCUCGGCACUCGUCAACAACCUCUUCGUCGUCCAGGGCGGCAAGACCCAAGGCGUCGACGGAGGCUUCACCUACAGCUCGGCGCCCAACACCGCCGACAUGUUCGCCCUCGACCUCGCCGCCUCGUUUGACGUCUCGUCGCCGCCGUGGAGGCCCGUCGCCGUGGGCUCGGGUGGUGCCGCCGCCCCCGCCGUCAGCUUCCACACCCUCUCGCCCCUGGCCGGCAACAGGCUGCUCCUCUUUGGCGGCGACGGCUCGCCUACCGUGCCUGUCCAGACCAACAACGACUCGGCCUACAUGGUGCAGCUCUCGGGCUCCGGCAGCACCUACUCGGCCCAGUACAGCCGCGUCGACCCGUCCUGGAGCGAGCCGAUGCGCCGCAUCUACCACGCCGCCGAGAGCGACGCCGACGGCUGCGUGUGGCUCGUCGGGGGCCAGAAGGGCGACGGCUCCGGCCUGAUGCUCGACGAGCUAUGGACCAUCAACGCCACCUCGCCCGACCCGGCCUUUUCCCUGGUGGACUCGAGUCCUCCGGGCAGCCUCGCCGGUGCCAGCUCGACGCUGCUGAGCGACGGGACGCUGCUCCUCCUCGGCGGCCUCGAUGCCUCGGGACAGCUGCAGACCAUGGACGAGAUCUACUCGUUCUCCACGCGGACCGGAGCGUGGGCCAAGACGCCCACCUCGGCUGCUGCCGCCGCCUCUUCCGGGUCAGGCACCCUCUCUUCCCGGGCCGACGGCUCGAGCGGCGCCGUGCCCCUCCCCAGGCGAGACCACGUCGCCGUCAGUCUGCCCAACAAGCGCAUCUUUAUCCAGGGCGGGGCCAGCGCCGACUUUUCGACCGUCUACAGCGACGCGUGGCUCCUCGACUGGAGCCAGAACCCGCCCGUGUGGACCGAGCUCAACAGCACAGGAGGGCCGGGCGCACGGUACGGCCACGCCGCGGUGGCCUACGGGCGGCAGGUGGUGACGACGUUUGGCUGGUCAGGAGGCAACGCGGCCGACGACAGCGUUUACGUGUUUGACGGCACCUCGAUGGCGGCGGCAGGCAGCGGCUCGUGGUCUGGCGGCGGAUGGUCGACGAAGUACACGCCGGAUCCGCAAGCGACGACGGCGGCGGAUGGGGCCGGCGCCGGCUCUAGCACAGGUACGAUCACUGGAUCGGGUUCUGGCGGGGGCGGUUCGAGUGCCAGCUCUGACAGUGCGUCUACCUCUUCGACAGGUUCCUCGGCGUCGCACGGGGGCAACGGAUCCAGCACCAGCAGCGGAGGCGGCAGCAGCACCAGCGGCGGCGGCGACCAGGGAUCCUCGGACUCGGACUGGGGCGGGUCAUCGACGACGUCGGACGGCUUCCCGACCGCCGAGCCACAGCCGACGGACAAGGCGGGCGGCGGCGGCAGCAGCCCUUCCGGCGGCGCAAAAGCCGGUGCUGCGCUGGGUGCGCUCAUCGGAGCGGGCCUCGUCGUCGGGGCAGGGUACGCCCUGUACCGGCAGCGCAGCGGCUCGCACAACAACUGGCGUCGAGGCGACGGCGCGGCCGGUCUGCUGGGACGCGGCGGCGGUGGCGGCGGUGGCGGUGGCGACUACGACGACGACUUCUACAUGCUCGAGAAGACGAGCAUGCCGUAUAGCAACGAGCGGCCCUACGACGGCGAUCGCUACAGCGGAGGGGCCUUCUUCGGUGCCGGUGGUGGCGAUGCGGCGGGCGCGACGGCGGUAGCAGCAGCAGCAGCAGCGGGCGGGAAGCGGGUGACGGAGCGGCGCGCCGAGACCUCGCCAUGGACGGCGGGCAACAUCGGCCAUGCCAUGGAAGGAUCGGGUCCUCACUUCAGGGAGAGGCUGGCGAUCCUGACGGGGCGGCGCCAGAACCACGCAGCCCAGCAACCUCGCUUCGACAUGCUGGCCGACGAAGAGGAUGGGCAAAGCUAUCGCGGCGACCGCUGGAACCGCGCAGCGCUCAUCGCGCACGGCGACGAGGGCGACGAGGACGACAGCGACUAUGACGAGGACGAGCACGACGACGACCCUGCGGCAUGGCAGGGCGACCAUGUCAGGGAGCAGUCGUACGCCGCCAUCGGCCAUGGCCACGCUCAGGAUGUCUCGCUGGGCGACAUUGGUCGCGGCGGCGGCAGUGAUGACUUCGGCGACGACUACGUCACCUCUCCCUUCGAGGACGCGGACGGCCGGGGCGCCGCAUCGCUCGGUCCCGGCGACUCGGGCGACGAGGACGGCCAGGGUCCGGCGAGCGACGCGCGUCACUCGGCCCAGUCUCACACCAACGACUCGGCGCGCUCGACCAACAGCGGCACGAUGAGCUCCGACCGGUCGCAGGCGCAGGACCCGUUCUCGCCCGGCGGGUUCGUCUCGUUCUCGGACGCAUCCUACAGCGGCGGACGGGGCGGCCUCAUCUCGCCGCUCGGGUCGCGGACGUCGCCCUCGCCGCUCAUGAAGCGGAGCCCGACGUGGUGGGGCCGGUUCAUGAGCAACAGCUUCCUGGAGCGGAGCGCGUCGGGCCGCCUGCUGAGCGGGCCGAGCGCCGAGGUGCCCAUCCGCGACCCGGCGCAACCGCCGGAGCUCGACGCGAUCGCAGAGUCCCCUGCCCUUUUUGGCGCGGAUCCAGACGACGCGGAUCCCUUCCGCGACGGCGCGGCUGCGGCCGAGCAGCAGCACCUGAAGCGCGGCUCGACGUACGCUGCCGGGCUCGACGAGAUGGGCCGGCGCGUCCAGCAGGAUGGCAGCGAGGCCGACACGACGCCCUUUUCGUCGUACCAGCACGGCCGCUCGCUUUCAAGCCUCAACAGCAACCGCACGGCGACUAGCUCGAUGCUCGAGUACCAGCUGCGCAACAUGCAGGUCAUCCAGCGGGUGCGCACCGGCAGCAGCCGGAGGACGGGCAGCUCGCGGACAGGCAGCUCGUCGGACACGGACAGCAUGGCUGCGCUGAGCCGCGGGCCCAGCAUGCUGCGACCGCGCAACCUCGUCUCGGUCGAGGAGGACGACACGGCGACCACGCCGGGAUCGGUCGUGUGGCAGCCGGAGCACUGGAACGCGCACGAGACGAUGUACGAAGAGCACGAGGAUGAGAACGAGGGCGAGAGCGAGGGCGAGGGUGACGACAACGACAGGGACGGGCCUGGCGACGGCAGAGGUAGCCCCAGUCCACGGACGGCCCGCUCGCCGUUUGCCGACGACGGCGAUGAGGGCGCUGGAGUCGAGAUGAUCGCGUCCCCCACCGAGGCCAAGGCGAGCCUGCGAUCGAGCCCGACCAAGGCGCUCCGCCGGGCCCAGGUGGCGUCCGAAACGCCGAGCAUCACGCCGGCGACGACCAAGCGGGCGAGGCUCAACCCGCUGCUGACGUCUCCGCUGCGGCCCGAGCCGGCCAAGUCGACGCCGACGGUGCUGAGCGGCAGCGUGCGGGACCGCGUCAAGGCCAUCGAGGAGCACGAUCCGGGUGCGACGCUGCUUCCGUGCAGCCCGUCGUCGAAGGCGUGGAGCGCGUCGCUGGGAGCGUCGAGCGUGUCGUCGUACGCGCCCGACUCGUCUGCGGCCAGCUGCACCACGGCCACCACGGCUACCACCACCAACACGGCCUCGACGACGCCGGCCUCUGAACGCCUCGGACCCUUGCUCACGUUUGAGCCGCUGUCGAGCUCCUCUUCCUCCGCCGCCGUCGCCGCCGCCGCCGAGGGCAAGGGCAAGCGCACCUCGCCCACGCCACCUGCCGGGCGCACCAAGAGCCGGACGGGCGGGGCGGACAAGCUGAGCUACACGCACGGCCUGGCGCCCAAGCCGCAGCUGUUUGUCGCCAACCCGGAUGACCGACGGACGAGCAGCGGAUCGUCGUGA